AUGUCCUUUUCUUGCAAAGCAGAGCAGGUCAGUGGUGAGCAACGGUCUCCAUCUCUCGCUUCCUGUCGCAACAGCAAUCUUGGAGGAGCUCCGGCAGUAGCAGCUCCUACCUUCUAUUUUCAUUCCCCUCUCUCGGCUAACAUAGCAGUAGCAGUUGAGGGCAGCGUUGACUGGUAUGCAGCGAUGACGAAACGUUCCGGCAACAACCGCGAAAAUCUAAAAUUCGCGAAAUUGACGAAGGAGAAUAUCGACGAAGGAGAAGGAGACUACGACGACUCGCCGGAGGUCUGGAUGGGGCGCCGGAGGUCUGGGAGUGCUACAUUGCCAAUAUAUGAUGACAUUGAUGAAAAUAGAUUUACACUUAAGCUCAAGCAUGGUGGUAAAAUAUUAAUGAGUGAGCCAGUAACAUAUGUGGGAGGUCAUGUAGAUUAUUUUGACUACAUGGAUGUUGAUGAAUGGGGGUUUAUGGCUUUACAAGACACAGUCAUAGAGUUAGGCUACACAGUGAGUGAAUGUAAGGUAUAUACUGUUGUGGGUGAAGGUUUAAUUGAGGUCAUUUCAGAUAGUGAAGCCUGGGAUUUAAUUGAUUUUAGUGAUAAGGAAAGGGAAGUAGAAGUGUGGAUCAACAUUGGAGGGUUAAAUUAUGAAGCUGAGACUGAUGUUGAAGUGGGAGAAGAAUAUGAUUAUGAAGCUCAGGUUGAGGUUGAUGUUGGAGAAGAUCCUGAUUAUGAAGCUCAGGGUGAGGUUGAAGUAGGAGAAUAUUCUAAUUAUGAAGCUCAUGGUGAGGUUGAAGUGGAAGAAGAUCCUGACUAUGAAGAUGAUGGUGAAGAAGAAUUGCGUAGUCUAGGUGAGGAUGAUAUUCAUUUUGAAAAAGCAGUAGAUCCCAAUGUAGAAUACCAUGGGUUAGGACCAACCACUACUGUGCCAGAUGUGAAAUCUGAAAAUGAUAAAAUGAAUAUCCAAGUGAACUUUUCUGAUGAUGAGACACCUCAUGGAAGUGAUGAGGAAGUAGAGGAUGACAUUUGGCCAAAGUUUAGAAGUUGUGACAUGGAGAACCCCACUUUCACUAUUGGAAUGACAUUUGCAGAAAAAAAAGAUUUUAAGGAUGCCAUAGUGAGUUAUGCAUUCAAAGAAGGGAAAGAUAUAAAGUUUGAAAAGAAUGACAAGGUAAGAUGUAUUGUGAAGUGCAAGAAAAUUGGUUGUCCAUGGUCAAUAACUCUGAGAUGGAUUAAGGAUGUGAACUGCUGGAGGGUUACUUCAUUCAAUGACACUCAUGAUGGCUGCUCUUGGGUGUGGGAGAAUUCAUCUGUAAGGUCAAGCAGACUAGCUAAGAGGUGGAAAAAAGACAUAGGCAGUAAUUCAACAUGGAGAGUCAGUGAGUUCAGGGAGAGAGUGGCUACUGAUGACCACUUCCAUAUCACCUCUAAGGUUGCUUAUAAGGCAAUGACAAUGGCUAGAGCUGAUAUUAAUGGUGAGCUUGAACAGUAUUUCAAAAAGUUUUGGAAUUAUUACUUGGAGAUUGAAAGAUCAAAUCCAAGAUCUCGUUCAAUUGUGAAGAUGAGUGAGACUGUAGAAGCAGGAGGAAAAUCUAGAUUUCUAAGAUGGUAUAUAUGUUGGGAGGCUUGUAUGAAGGGUUUCCUACAUUGCAGAAAGAUUAUAGGGGUUGAUGGUUGUCAUUUGAGAUCAAAGUAUGGUGGUUAUUUGUUGACUGCAACUGCCAUGGAUCCCAAUGAUGGGAUCUUCCCACUUGCCUAUGCAAUAGUUGAGGGUGAAAACAAGCAAUCAUGGACUUGGUUCUUAGCACUACUGAAGUUUGAUUUGGGAAUUAAUGAGGCCCAUGAACAUGAAUACACCUUCAUUUCAGACAAGCAGAAGGGGCUGCUGCCUGCUUUUAGCUCAGAACUAGAAAAUGUGGUGCAUAGGUUCUGUGUUAGACACUUAUAUGCUAACAUGAAGGUUGCUGGUUUUCAUGGUAAUGCACUGAAGAAUGCACUAUGGUCAGCAGCAAGAGCCACCACAGUAAACUCUUUUAAAGAGUCAAUGAGGAAGAUCAAAGACCUUGAUAUUGAUGCUUUUGCUUGGUUGGGAGACAAACAUCCAUCUGAAUGGUCCAGGUCACAUUUUACUGGUUCUGCACUAUGUGAUAUGUUAGUAAACAAUGUCAGUGAGUGCUUCAAUGCAAUGAUAGUUAAGGCUAGGGAAAUGCCAUUGAUAAGCUGCCUUGAGAUGCUUAGGAUUAUUCUGAUGACAAGAUUUUUUAAAAAUAAAGAAGAGGCAUCUGGGUGGACUUCAGUGAUUUGUCCUAACAUUGUUAAAAAGAUUGCAGAAGAAGAGAAAUAUGCAGGAGGAUAUAUACCCAUACAGUGUGGGUUAAAUCUAUUUGAAGUCAAAAGACUGCAUACAGGGGAGCAACACAAAGUAGAUUUGGCCAGAAGAACAUGCUCAUGCAGAAAAUGGGAAUUGACUGGACUCCCUUGCAGACAUGGCAUUUGUGCAAUCUGGAUGAAGAGACACAAUGUCCUAGACUAUGUACAUAACUGCUACAGUGUUGAAACAUACUUGAAGGUGUAUGAAUUAGGCAUUAAUCCAAUGGCUGGACCAAAAGAGUGGCCUCAUUCUCAUUUAGAACCACCCUUGCCACCUGAAUACAAAUCAAAACCUGGGAGGCCAAGGAAACUGAGGUUGAGAGGAGCUGAUGAAGACAAGGGAAAAAAGAAAAUCACAAAUGAUGGCAGGCCAUAA